AUGGAUUUUAGCCAACAGCUUCUGUCCAAGAUUGCCACCAGUGACAAACAUGGAGAGAAUUCUCCAUAUUUUGAUGGGUGGAAAGCAUAUGAGAGAAACCCAUUUCACCCAACAAAAAAUCCUCAAGGUGUUAUCCAGAUGGGUCUUGCUGAAAAUCAACUAAGCUUUGAUCUGAUUGAAGAGUGGAUUUUGAGUAAUCCCGAGGCCUCCAUUUGCACUCCUGAAGGAGUGCAUCAGUUCAGAAAUGUUGCCAACUUUCAGGACUAUCACGGGUUGCAGGAGUUCAGAAAUGGUAUUGCAAAUUGGAUGUCAAAGGUGAGAGGAGGUAGGGUCAGGUUUGAUCCAGACCGUAUAUUGAUGAGUGGAGGGGCAACAGGAGCAAACGAGCUAAUUAUGUUCUGCUUGGCUGAUCCUGGAGAUGCCUUUAUGAUUCCCACCCCAUUUUACCCAGCAUUCGUUCGUGAUUUGUGUUGGAGAACGGGGGUGCAGUUAAUUCCUGUUCACUGUCAUAGUUCCAACAACUUCAAGAUAACAAGAGAAGCUCUUGAAGAAGCAUACAAAAAGGCCAAAGAGGAUAACAUCAACGUUAAGGGUUUGAUCAUAACAAACCCAUCUAACCCUUUGGGCACUACCUUAGACAAGGACACGUUGAAGAGUCUAGUGAGCUUCAUCAACGAGAAAAACAUCCACUUUGUUUGUGAUGAAAUCUAUGCAGCAACUGUGUUCAGUAGUUCCCCCAGUUAUGUAAGCGUGGCUGAAGUGAUCCAAGAAAUGGAACAUUGCAACCGCGACCUAAUUCAUGUCAUUUAUAGUUUGUCCAAAGACAUGGGGUUCCCUGGUUUCAGAGUUGGCAUAGUUUAUUCAUUCAAUGAUGAAGUGGUGAGUUGUGGAAGGAAAAUGUCUAGCUUCGGGUUAAUCUCAUCGCAAACUCAACACAUGCUGGCUUCAAUGCUUUCGGAUGAAAAGUUUGUAACGAAGUUUCUUUCUGAGAAUUCAAGAAGGUUAGAAGAAAGGCACGACAAGUUCAUGAAGGGGCUUGAAGAGGUUAACAUUACUCGAUUUCCUAGCAAUGCAGGAAUUUUCUGCUGGAUGAACUUGAAGAGUUUGUUGAAGGAACCAACGUUUGAAGCUGAGUUGAAGCUGUGGCGUGUGAUUAUUAACGAGGUGAAGCUCAAUGUGUCACCAGGCUCUUCUUUCGACUGUUCUGAGCCUGGUUGGUUUAGGGUUUGCUUUGCCAACAUGGAUGAUGAAACAAUGGAUAUUGCACUCAACAGGAUUCGUGCAUUCGUGGGGAAAGAAACAAAGAAGCCAGUGGGACUGAAACGUUGGCAACCGAAUCUCAGGCUCAGUUUUUCUUCAAGGAGGUUUGAUGAGAGUGUUAUGUCUCCCCAUUCACCUAUUGCAUCACCUCUUGUCCAAGCCACUUGA